GAAGGCGCUACCCACGGCUUAAGUAAAAGCACACAGAGCCCAGGCGCUCAGUCUCGCAGUUGCUGGGGCUUCAAAGGAGUUGGUGGAUUUUGUCUAGUUUUAAACAAGACUGAAGGGGUGUUUUCUCUGCUGUGCAGAAGUACUGGAAGGACAGAAAGAUACUGGAAAUAAUGAAAGAAGAGUGCCACAACUCUUGAUCAGAGACCUGAAAUUUGAGAAGAAGUCAUUAGCUAAGCUCAUGUUUUCUCCUGAUCAAGAAAAUCAUCCAUCAAAAGCACCAGUUAAAUAUGGUGAAUUGAUCGUAUUAGGGUACAAUGGGUCUCUCCCAAAUGGAGAUAGAGGAAGAAGAAAAAGUAGGUUUGCUUUAUUUAAAAGGCCCAAGGCAAAUGGGGUGAAACCUAGCACUGUGCAUAUUGCCUGUACCCCUCAAGCAGCAAAGGCAAUAAGUAACAAGGACCAACACAGCAUAUCUUACACUUUGUCUCGGGCUCAGACUGUAGUAGUUGAAUAUACACAUGACAGCAACACAGAUAUGUUCCAGAUUGGUCGGUCAACGGAGAGUCCUAUUGACUUUGUUGUGACAGACACAGUUCCUGGAAGUCAGAGUAAUUCAGAUACGCAGUCUGUGCAGAGCACUAUAUCAAGGUUUGCCUGCAGAAUCAUAUGUGAACGUAACCCUCCUUUUACAGCAAGAAUAUAUGCUGCAGGUUUUGACUCCUCAAAAAACAUCUUUCUUGGGGAGAAAGCUGCAAAGUGGAAGACAUCAGAUGGGCAAAUGGACGGACUAACCACAAAUGGAGUUCUUGUUAUGCAUCCCCGUAAUGGAUUUACAGAAGACUCCAAGCCAGGGGUGUGGAGAGAGAUAUCUGUGUGUGGGAAUGUGUUCAGCCUCCGUGAAACCAGAUCCGCUCAGCAGAGGGGAAAAAUGGUGGAGAAUGAAACGAACCAGCUCCAGGAUGGCUCUCUGAUAGACCUGUGUGGAGCGACGCUGCUGUGGCGCACGGCGGAAGGGCUUUCCCGCACUCCCACGGUCAAGCACCUGGAGGCCCUGAGGCAGGAGAUAAACGCGGCAAGGCCCCAGUGCCCCGUGGGGUUUAACACCCUGGCGUUUCCCAGCAUGAAGAGGAAAGACGUGGUGGAUGAGAAGCAGCCCUGGGUGUACCUGAACUGCGGCCACGUCCACGGCUACCACAACUGGGGAAACAAAGAGGAGAGAGACGGCAAGGAUCGCGAGUGCCCCAUGUGCCGCUCUGUCGGCCCCUACGUGCCACUCUGGCUUGGGUGUGAAGCGGGAUUUUAUGUGGAUGCGGGACCUCCGACCCACGCGUUCAGCCCCUGUGGACACGUCUGCUCAGAAAAGACAACUGCAUAUUGGUCCCAAAUUCCUCUUCCUCACGGUACUCACACUUUUCACGCAGCCUGUCCGUUCUGCGCGCAUCAGCUGGCUGGUGAGCAAGGUUACAUCAGACUCAUUUUCCAAGGACCUCUUGACUAACACACGUAUUACCGAGGACUGGAAUAAGCUGAUAAGCGAAGCUGUUCUGAUUUUUUUAAACCAACUGUUUUUCGUAUUCUCUGGGCUUUGCUGGUUUGCAUUAAGAUGAAGAAUUUUUGUUAAAACGGCUAAAUCCCUUUCUAUUGAGAAAAGUCUGGAAAUGGAAGAAAUGGGGAGAAGGGGAAGAACUCCUGCUUUUUUUUUUUUUUUUAAGUUAACAACCACUUCUGAAGAGGUGAACAGAGUGUUGUAGAAUGAACUUCAAUGCCUUCCGUUUAAUGGUUUUUGAAUCACAUGCCCGCAGUGUUUGGAAGUUGUUUCAUUCUUUUUGUAUAUGGAGGGUAAAUAGUUCAAAGAACAUUAGUUUACAGCUUGGAUGCAAAUGUUGUAAAAUAUAACGUGUAUAUUAACUCUUUUCUAUUUAUCUUUAUUAUUGAAAAAUACGUAGAAUGUGUAGAGAGUAGCAUGGUCAUAGUGUGUUACAUCCAGCAAUUGGGUGUGUAGGGUAGUUCUGGAUGGAGAAGGAUGUGAGAUGGAAAUGGUAGAAAAAUCUUUUUUAAUCUAAAAUACUGAGUUCUUAGAAUAGUUAAAAUGCUUUUUAAACAAAGCUAAUGCAAACUAUGAUGGCAUAAAGGUGUGCUUUAACCAUGUUGAAAGGUAGCUAAGGAGGAGGACUUAAAAUGUUUCUUUGGUAGGACUGUACUUAAGAUCUGGUUAUGAGGAGAAUAUUUACCAGACUUUGAAUAUGCAACUUAGUCUAGAUUAAGGAUUUUUUUCUCCCUUCAUGCUAACACUUCUCUUUAUUUAGCAUUAGUGACAUUUGUGAGGGUUUUUCCAGUGUUAAACAUUAACAAAACUGAAAGAUGAGGCUCAUUUUGUUCCUUGCUCUUUGGGGCAGGGGGCGAGGGGUGACGUGCCCGUGUACGUGUGGGGAGCAACGUGGGAAUCAGCCACAGUCCCAGCUUGUGCCCGGCUUGUCAGUCGCAUGUUCCACCUUUCUUCUGGUGUGUGGGAGCCACGGGCUUCAGGUGUUUGCUUUGACCCUGCUGUGAGGUGCAAAUACUCAUCUAGGCCACAUACGGAACGAAGUUGAAGCCUGGUGCCCAGGGGAUGCCUGCCCGUGUCCUGGCAUCCUUUUGCAACAAGACACCAUUGUCAGGCUGUCAGGGGAGAGCUUGAGCUGGGACUGGACUUGUAGGCCUUGGUGUGAGAUGUCUGAUCACCCUGCAGUGGGCUCUAGUUCUUGGUGUGUCUCUUGCUGCUCUCCCCCUACCCUUCCUUCCCCUUCUGUAUCCAUCAGAAAAGGCCAGUGCACUACAUCCAGCUUCGCUGCUAACCCACCGUGCUUCAUGGCAGAUACACAACCUGACCUUUUUAGGAUUGAGUUGAGCUUUUUUGACCAGCUUCAUACUUUUUUGUUUGUUUGUUUUUCAAAAUACAUACUGUGUAAUUGACAGUAGCAAACUUCUGUAGCUUAUAGCAUAGCUUUAAUUUUUCUUUUGAAGCUGUUCUAAAAUUAUCUUCGUUUAAAAAGAGACCUAUGUUGCUUAGAUGUCAUGAAUUAUUUACUUUGUCAGUUGUUUCUCCAUUUUUAAAAAGAAAAUAUAUAUAUUGUUUGGUUCACUCAGGAAAUGCAUGUGUCAGGAAACCUGUAUUAUAAGUUCAGUUAGCUAUCAUGUACAAGUAACUGCUGUUACUCCCUUUCCAUAAAAAUAUAACUGAUUUUGACAUUUUCCAGAUUAUAUGCAUUAAGUAAUGAAACUUAUGCAGCAAGAAACCCCUGUAUUGUAGUUGUUCUAAUCAUUUUAUUCAAACUAUAUUAUACUGUAGUUUAAUUUUUAUUUGCAAAUUAAUUUAUUCAAACUACAUGAGUAAACACUUCUCAAAAAUA